AUGUUCGACCUCGGAAACUCGCUGCAACUGAUCUGUGGCAUUUGCAUCAACCUGUCGCUGGUGGCCUGCAUGAUGUGCACAGCGGGUUGGAGCCAGUUUACAGGUACACUCCAUUACACUCCCAACGCGCUGCUGUCCGCCGCACAUUUUUUCAUGUCACCGCUGGGAGCUGCUGGAGGCAUCACUCAGGAUGAGCAACUGCUCAUUUCCGAUGGCUUGUCGCUGGGUUGCGAUAUGCCCUUCGGCUGCCAGUACAACAGAGCCUCUUAUCCCUCGUACCAGAAUGAUUUCCAGCGGCGAGCAGAGAAGACUGCGUUGCUGGAGCUGUACAACUCCUGCGGAGGUGAUUUUUGGCGGUCGCGGGACAACUGGAACGGAGAAUUGGACCCUUGCUGGGACUACUGGUACGGGGUCACCUGCAACGAGCACGGGUAUGUCAUCAAGCUCGAGCUGUCGGACAACAGGGUCAGAGGGCCUCUACCGUCUGCCUUAGGCGCAUUGACGUCCCUGAUUACAUUGGACCUCUCUUCAACCGAGCCAGAGUACCAUAUGCAUCCGAACGAGGAAAUGAAUCGAGUGGAAGGGUCAAUGCCCUCCCUCGCCAUGUGUUUCCAAUUGGAAGAGAUUGAGGUUUCUGGCAAUCUCAUACUCAAGUUGCCAGAUGACUUGUAUCUGAAUGCAGACACGCUUCGGUCUUUGAGUGCCAGCCGCAACCAGUUGAGGAACAUGCCGAACUAUUUGCGACGAUUCCAAGUGCUGCACACCCUGGAGCUGGAUAACAAUAUGAUCGAGGAUGAGUUUCCGGCAGAUUUUGGCCAGCUCUCAAACAUCCGGUGGGUCCACCUGCAGUACAACCGCUUGAAGGGAACGCUGACACAGGAUAUAGUUCCGAUGACCAAGAUUCAGGUGUUCGAUGUCUCUCACAAUCCGGAGCUCGCCGGUGUGAUUCCAGAGCAGGUCAUUGUUGAUUGGUCUGAAAUGAGCUAUUUGUCCAUCCUUAACACGUCCAUCUCGGGCUACAUCUCCAGUCUCUGCCUAGAUGUGCCAUUCUGCUGGAAAUACAUGUACGACACACACAAGGACCUUACAUGGGCCACUGUUGCCGACAUUCCCGAUAUAGUCGGCAUGACGGUCGACCUGGCGCAAACCAACUUCUUUGACGAGACGUUUGCGCGUUGA